UGGUAUUGCACAAGGCCAAAUAGGACAGAGUUAAAAAUAAGCAAGUCUAUGGCAGCGUUUGUCCCACCAAUCCUCUCAUCAGUAACUUAAAGAUGUUUAAAAUUAGUUUUUAGUUUAAAAUUACAAGUUUAUGCUAAUGCUAUAGCUAGUUUGUUUAUAUAGAAAAAAAUAAAAGGCAGUAAGCAACUACGCACAAGAAUUGCUUUUAUGAUUAUGCAACAUCGUUAAGUUCGUUAGGAAAAGACAGCCUUUUGCCCCGUGCAUUGUGUAUUGAAUGAUCAUUGUGACAAACAUCUGUGAAGAAUAAACUGGUUUCACGGUAUUAGCAGCUGUAGGGGAAAAAAAUGUUCAAUGUGACAAUGUGGUUUUUUAUACUUUUUUAUUCAUCAUUCAUAUUACGAAAAUCUGAAACUGCAAGUGAUGUGAUAACAGUGAAAGAAGUGACAGCUGGACAUUUGGCUGAGCUUCCAUGCUUAAGCAUUGACGAACAUCAUCGUUUUAUGCUCUGGCAAUUUGGAAAUAACGAUGUCAUUGGUCCAGGAAAUUCUUUAAAUGAAAAAAAAUAUAAUUAUGAAGUGUUGACUGGCACACUCCUGAUAAGAGGUGUAUCAACAGCAGAAUCUGGGUUUUAUAAAUGUAUUUCAAAAGGCUUAGUUGAUGAAUCUAAAUUUCAGAUUCAUUCUGUUGAAUUAAUAGUAAAAAACAAUUGGCAGCAACUUUGGGAAAAUGACUUUGAGACAAAUCUGUUACGAGGAAUGACCGCUGUUAUGGUAUUGGUGGUUGCAAUAGCUGUUGUACUUUUAAUUAUUACCGUUAAGAAAAAGAGAAGUGAAAAAUUCUUUGAUCUCGAAGAGUCGAGAGAUAAUUCUCCAGCACGAUAUAUACCGAAUAAUACGCCCGGUGUUUCAUCAGAUGCCGGGAAUGUUGGAGUCGAUAAUGCCGAUGUUGACAUUGAUUUUCCUAAAGUAUUUAAACAAAUGCAGAAAGAACAAGCAAUGCCGUAGAUGUAAUUGUAAAACAGGGAAAUUAUAUUGGAAAAUUUCUUUCAGAGCACUUGAGCAAGUGUCUCUUUUCUUUAGUCUUGUAUAUAUAUCGUUUUACAGCAGAUUUCUCAGUACUAUUAAUGUAUAAAUAAUAUUUAGUUCACAUCUAUUUUCACAAUAUGUAUAUAUUGUAGAAAUGUAUGAUAUGUCUGAUAAUAUAAUUCUAUACUAUAUUCACAAUAAGUUUGUAAUAUCAAGAUUGGAAGUAAAUAACCAAAAAUUGUAAGA